AGACAGACAGACAGACAGACAGAGCGAGCGGGUGCAGAAGUGGAGUGAUAUUGGUCCUUUAGCACCACAAGAUUUCCGACAUUUUGGACUUCAGAUUUCCAGCUGCAAAGCUUUCUUCUUCUGCCAAAAUGAAAUUGAAGCACAGCAUUAAUCCUUUUGUUGCAUAUUUUGUGCGUUUUUGGACUGUGUUUUACAAUUUAUUUUUCCUGCCAUGGUACCUUCUUGCAGGUAUGCGUGGCAAAAGAACGAUCAUUAGAGCAAGAUCAACCACUAAUCAUCCUUCCGGCCCAUACAGAUGUGUGGAAAACUUUAAUUGUUUGAUGGCAAGUCUGUAUCCUGAAGCAGAUUCCCUGGAUAAAAUUUUUCAAUGUGCCAUCGAUGGCUUUAAGAAGAGAGACUGUUUAGGCACACGUGAAAUUCUUAGCGAGGAGGAGGAGAUUCAACCAAAUGGAAAGGUCUUCAAAAAGUUGAUAAUGGGGAAUUACAAAUGGCUCUCCUAUGAAGAAGUGUAUCGACGAGUUUUACAUUUUGGUAGUGGGCUAGCAGUGUUGGGCCAGCAGUCCAAAUCCAACAUAGCCAUCUUCUGCGAAACUAGAGCCGAAUGGAUGAUCACAGCACAGGCCUGCUUCAUGUACAAUUUUCCUCUUGUUACCCUAUAUGCAACUUUGGGAGGUAAUGCAAUUGCACAUGGUUUAAAUGAAACGCAAAUUACUCACAUUAUCACCAGCAAGAAACUCCUGCAAACCAAACUGAAGGACAUCCUUCUUAAUGUUCCCAAACUGCAGCACAUCAUAAUUGUGGAUGACAAGCCAACAGCAUGGGCUGAUUAUCCUCGUGGUAUCAUGGUCCACAACAUGACAGCUGUAGAGGACCUAGGUUCAAAACCAGAAAACUUGCACAAACAAUAUACCAAACCUACAACUGAAGACAUUGCAGUAAUUAUGUACACAAGUGGAUCUACAGGAAUACCAAAGGGAGUGAUGAUUUCACAUGGCAACCUUAUUGCUGGAAUAGCAGGAAUGUCGGCACGUGUUUCAGGCCUGGGCCCAAAGGACACCUACGUUGGUUACCUGCCAUUAGCACAUGUUCUGGAACUAAGUGCUGAAACACUUUGCUUGGCCUGUGGCUGCCGUAUUGGUUACUCCUCUCCUCAGACUUUAGCAGACCAGUCUGCCAAAAUCAAGAAAGGGAGCAAGGGUGAUACAACAGUACUUCGACCUACAUUAUUAGCAGCUGUACCAGAAAUCAUGGAUCGAAUUUACAAGAAUAUUGUGAACAAAGUAGAAGAGAUGAACAGUAUAAAACGGACCCUAUUUGUUCUUGCGUAUAACUACAAAAUGGAUGAGAUAUUCAGAGGCCGCAGUACUCCUCUCUGUGACUGGCUGAUUUUUCGGAAUGUGAGGUCGUUAUUAGGAGGAAGAACACGGCUUAUUCUAUGUGGAGGUGCUCCUUUAUCGCCGUCCACGCAGAUUUUCAUGAACAUCUGCUUCUGCUGCCCUGUUGGACAAGGAUAUGGGUUAACAGAGACUUGUGGGGCAGGAACAAUUAGUGAUGUGAAUGAUUACAGCACUGGUCGAGUUGGUGCUCCCCUGCCCUGCAGUGAGAUUCAGCUGAAAAACUGGGAGGAAGGUGGAUAUACGGUUUAUGACCGACCAAAUCCUAGAGGAGAAAUUAUUAUUGGCGGCCCAAAUGUUUCCAAAGGAUACUUUAAAAACGUGACCAAAACCCAUGAAGAUUACUUUGUGGAUAAGGCUGGCCAGUGGUGGUUUUCCACUGGAGAUAUAGGAGAAUUUUACCCAGAUGGAUGCCUUAAAGUGAUUGAUCGUAAGAAAGAUCUUGUGAAGCUACAGUAUGGCGAGUACGUUGCCCUUGGAAAGAUUGAAUCUGCUUUGAAGAACAGCCCAAUAAUAGAAAAUAUUUGUGCAUAUGCAAACAGUGAUGAGUCUUAUGUUAUCUGUUUUGUCGUGCCCAAUCAAAAGCACCUGAUGGCUCUUGCAAAGGAGAAGAAUAUAAGUGGGACCUGGAGUGAGAUUUGUAAAAACUCUGACAUGGAGAGAGAAGUGCUGAAUGAAAUCAUUGAGGUUGCUGGACAAGCAAAACUGGAGACGUUUGAAAUUCCAUUGAAAGUCCACCUGAGUCCAGAGCCUUGGACUCCAGAGAUGGGCCUGGUCACUGAUGCCUUCAAAUUGAAACGCAAAGAGCUGAAGAAUUAUUAUGAAGCAGACAUUGAGCGAAUGUAUGGAGGAAAAUAAUUCUGUUGUUCCAACCCACCCCUUCAAAUAGGAAUGAACUUAAAACCAUAAUUACAACUCUGAAACUAAAUGCCACACAACAACUUUCCUCAAAUCUAGUACCAUAGGACUGAUUAACCCUAGAGUAAAGCAUCACAAUGUAAAAUGAAGUUGUCCUGUACCAGAAACCAAAUUUCCUUUGAUUUAGGUAUUAAUGUUUUAUCUAGGGCAGGAUUACUAAACCAUUUGAAACAAAAGUAACCGGUUUAUCUUUGUGUUUAUUUAUAAUCUGUUAAAAUAUUCAAUCAGUAAACCGACCAGGGGAACAAAUUUCACACAUUGUAUAUAACUACACGAUGUCAUGAGCCACUAGUACAGCGCUGUCCUCACAUGACUUGUGGAAAUGGUAUGGUUUUAUUUAUUAUAAAUUUGUGCAAUGUUUAAAUUUGGUAUGUUUUGAGGAUGUUGCAGGUCUUGAUCAAUUGAAGGGUUUUCAGGAAUUUCUAAUGAAAUUCAUUGACACUGAGGGUUUUCCACAAAUGUUUGUAUAUCAACUACACCUAAACCUGUUUUUAUCUGUUUUGUGCAUAGUGUAUCUUCUGUUUGUAGACUGAUGUAAAAGUGACUUUUGUCUAAAUGAAGAAAUAAGCAGAAACUGCUCUGUAUGUAAGUAAGGCUGCUUCGAGAAAUUUUUGAAUAGGCUAUGACAUUUUUGCAUCUUAGUUUGUCUGAACUUAAAACAUGAUGACGUGUAUUGUGUAGACAUUCACAGUCAGUUGAGGACGUUUAGAAUCCGUGUUACACAAACAAUGUCAGAACCCAGGUAACAGUAUGAUUCUUACUGUCAAUGAUUUGCAAAGGAAUGUAUGCGCUGUGCAUAAAGUUGAGGUUCCACCCCAUGGUUGGAAAAUAACUAAACUUGUUUCCUGUAGAAAUAGGAAAUGAAGGUAUCUGCAUCUGGGGGAAAGAAAAUAGCAUCUCUUUCACCUUUAUUUUAUCAAAUCCAAGUAUUUUUAUUAUUAAAAUGUCCAUAUGCUUAGCACAGAAGUUAUGAUUUGGGCUUCACCCUCUGAUCUUUGGGGAAUACUUAUUUUAUGAGGUGGCACAAAUCAAUAGGGUUAAGAGUGGAAUUUAAGAGGGAUACUUCCAUAAACUAGCAUGACUGAAAUUAAAUUGCACUCCAAAGGAAAACACAGGUCAAACAAUGAAGGGUAGACUCCCUCACCCCCAUGAAUUUACCUUAUUUACCUUGUCUCCCACCUAUAUGUGGGGAAUUAUUUGUACAACUGGAGCAAUACAGCUAGGAAAAUACAAGAUGUGUAUACAUUAAUAAAAUAUCUGGAAUGCGCUGUACCUUUUGUCCUCCAAAAUAAACUGCCACGUGCUUUUAGGAACCCAAGUUUGUACUGAUGAUAAAUGUACGAAUACAUCAAAAAUGUUUGCGGUUUACAAAGAUGCAAUAGACAACUACUUUUAUAGUGAGAGUCACGUUUCUUAAAAAAAAUUAAAAAGUAUAAAUUCAGAUUUUCAGCGGCUUGCCCAUGGUUGUCCUCUUGUGCGCCGAUAUGGUGAACUAUGUUAUUCAGCUAAUUCUCGACUACUAACAUUCAGUUAUAACUUUCCAAGUGACUGGUAUGUUUGUACUAAAUAUGCUAGUCAUAAUUAUUGUCAUAUUAAAAAAAAUUGGCAUGCGUACAAAUGAUUUAUGAAAAUUACUUGUGAAUGUUGGGAAGUAGAACUCAAUCAUGUUCUUUCCGAUGCCAGGGGAAGUGGAAGGAUGUGAUUAAACCUCAACGUUUCAAAAGUUAGUCUUAACGCAUUCAGUGGCCAACAUAGCAGUAAGCUAGUUUAUUUUUAGGAUAUGAUUCUGUGGGGGAAUGCAUUUGAACUUGUUGGGGGAAGAUGAAAAUGUUUCAUGUGAAAUAAUUUGAGCAUUAAUUGUAUUUUGUGCAUGGCUUCAAAAUGUCAUCUGUUGGGGAGAUACAAGGUGAGAGUUAAAUGUACAAUUGAGAAAAAUGUGCAUUGCAGCUAAGGUUGCAGAAGACCUGCUUGCUAGUGAAAAUUUGUUCUACUUCUAUGUAUUUUGACUACUGGUUAUUUUAAGGAAUUCUGGUGUUGACGUCUACAUUAAAUUGUAUUCCCAUUUAAUGGUCCAUUUCUAUUUGUAAAUACCUCUAGGAUAUUGUAAAUUCGGUGAAAGUUGCUUUUGAAUAGUCAGCUGUACAGUUAGUUACCUUAAUUCAUUAUUUUACUAUAAUGAAUUUCAAGGCAAAAUCUUGGAAUUGUAUUUUAGAGCAAGAUCAUUCUUAAGACUACUGUAUAAACCACAAUUACAAAUAUGUUCAUUAUUUAUUUGUAUUUGGAUUUGUUUCCUAUUACAGAAUAAAACUGUAAUUUGUGGUUUG